AUGUUUAUUCCUGAGCGUAAGCGACAAGCUCUCGCUCGAGGACAACAGCAAAUGCAGACUAGACAAGGACAAAUGUAUCCUUAUAAUCCACAAAAUAUAAAUUUUAACAAUAAAGUUCAAAAUCAAGGAGACCUUCAGAAUUAUUCCCAAUUUGCAGUAGAAUACCAACAGAGAGGAACUGAAUCUUUUAAUAGGGCAUAUCCUUCAGCCUAUUCUCAAGCAUCAUCAACCUUAAACAGGAAUCCACUUCCAAAUUUUCAGAAUUUUGGAUUAUCUCCUAUUAAUAUCAACUUAGCAGGUUACCAACCAGAUCCAAUGCCAUCUCUUCCAAGGCAAUUGCCUAAUUCCAAUGAUAGAGAUAUUUCAUCUCUUAAUUCACGAUUUUCCAUUGUUCAAAACUUAUUUAAUGAGCAGCAAACUAAUAUAAAGCUACAGUCUGAGGCAGCAGAUAGAAUAUCAUCUAAAAUAUUACCUUUUACAGAAUCUGAGAUUUCAAAACUUGACAAUCUUUUAGAAAAUUCAAUUACUUCCAAAAUUCCGAGUUCUUUGCAACCUAUUCAAGAAAGAACAACAAGAAACCGAGAAAAUUUAUCAAAAAUCCAAACAAAUUUGUCUACUAUGCUAUCUAAUAUCGAGGACACACUUACAGAAAAGAAAGAAGAUUUAAAUAAAUUUAAAAGCAUCAAUCAAACUCUAGCUGAUUCUUCAAAAACAGAACUUCGUAUUAUUAAAGAUGAAACUAAGCAACUUUCUCAUGUAAUAUCUAUAUUAAUGCAAGAAAUAUCUACUCAUGAGCAAAAUGGAGCUGAAUAUAUCGAAAAAAUUUCCAAAAAUAACGAUGAUUUUGAAAAUCUUGAUCAUACAGUUACAAACUCUUUUGUUUCUACGCAAAAAUCACUUACACAUUCCAUUCAAGAUUACUAUGACCAAAUUUCAGCUCAGGUCCGAAAAGUUGCUGAUUCUCGCGUUCACUCAAUUCAUAUUUUACACAAUGAUGCGGAAACUAUCAACAAAAGGAGUUCUGAAUCUCUCCGUCUUUUGAAACAAAUUGUCUCUGCGAUGUCUGUGUCCUUUAGUGAAGAGCUUUCUCAUGUUUUCAGCACUCUUUCUUCAUCUAUCUCGGACACGCAAAGCAGUGAUCAAAAAAUGCUUGACAACUUAGAUUCACGGCUUGAUAUUGUGAUUGAUGAUUCUGGGAGAACAGCUGCUGUGAUGACGAGUGAGAUAAUAGCAACUGUCUCAAAUGUUCGAGGAAAUUUCAGUCAAACAAGAAACGCAAUUGAAACAAUUCUGCAAAAAGAGGCAGAUUCUGUCAAGAAAUUCCAAGAACUUGUCAUUGCAAAAGGAGAGACAUUUAAACAAAAAUCUAAGUCUUCACUACAGAACUCCAUGGCAAAACAUGAAGUGAAUGUUGACAAUGCACAAAGGACAGCAGAAUCACAGAUCAGUGCUUUAUCCAAAACAGUGGAUAAAGAGCUCAACAUUUGCCUGGAACAGGCGUCUAACAUAAAAAGGCUUGAAGAUGAAAUAUCUGCAAUUGAAGAAUCUAUAGAAACUGCAAGAUCUCAAGUAAUUGGUGCCUUAUCCAAUCUAUCGAAAUCUGUUGAAUCGUGCUAUUCUUCAAUUACUGAAGUAAAAACUAAUAUUGGUGUAAGAGUCGCUGAAAUUGAGCACGAACUUGACGUUCUCGAAGAUUCCGGAUGGAAGGAGGAACUUUGUCCUAAAGAAAUUCUAUAUCAAAACGAGCAAAGGAUUUCCAAACAGUUCGAUGAUAGAAUCUCUUUGUUUGAGGAAAAUAUAGUUAAUGUACUUAAGAAUAUUGCUGAAAUUGGCGGUUCUGAGCCUAAAAAGAUGAUGGAUAAGAUACUUCCUGCUUCGAAGGAGUUAAAGGAAUUGGCUGAAAACUCUUUUGUGAAAUUAAAUGCAUCACAAACUAUAAAAUUUCCUUUGGAAAUUCCUUCAGAACCUCCAAAGCUUGAAUUUGCAGAUGAUAGCAAAAACAAGCAAGGUGAAAUAACUAUAGAUCGUGAACAAGAAAUUAUUGAUGAAAAUAGUUACCAAGCACUAUGA